AUGUCUGCUGAUGAGGUGCCGGUGAUUGACCUCUCCGCUUUUUUGAAAGAGUGGGAGGCAAUCCCUGCGGACAGGCGUGCAACGACGAAAGUGGAUGAGCUGCCUCAGGAGGCCCGGACCGUCGUCCGCGCCUGGCGCGAGGCAUUUGGCAAAUUUGGCUUCUGCCAUGCCAUUGGUCACGGCGUACCGGACGAAGUCAUCGAGAAUACCUAUGCCUGUGCUCGAAAAUUCUUCGGACUGCCCCUGGAGGAGAAGAUUCUCUCGGACACGGGCCGCCCGUACGGAAGCGCCGGCGGCGGCUUCAAGGCCCAGGGGGCGGAGAGCGUCAGCAAAACAGAGACUGCCAACCCGGGUGGCCAGGUUGCUGGCACGAAGACAGCGCGUCCGUCUGACAGAGUCGAGUCCAUGACGUACUUCGGCAAUGGCGACGAUGUCAUUCCCAAGGCCGUUCCGGAGUAUGCAGACGUCAUGGAGCGUUAUCGGAAGGAAGUGUUCCGACUUCUUCUUGGCUCCAUGGCGCUCACCGCCGCCGCCCUCGACCUGCCGUUGGGGCACUUCGAGCCUUUCUUCCCGACAGGGAAGCUCAGCACGAACGGGAACGUGAUGCGCUUGGCUUACUACCCGGCCUACAAGGAAGGGCAGGAGCCACUGCCGGGGCAGAUGCGGUAUGGUGAGCAUACCGACUACACAGGCUUCACCUUCUUGUGGCAAGACCACAACGUGUCUGGGCCGCAAACUGCCAGCAGCGGCCUGGAAGCACCUCCCGGGGGGCUUCAGGUCCGGAUGCCUGAUGGCUCCUAUGUGGACUGCCCCCCAAAGCCCAAAGCCUUUACGAUCAAUGCAGGCGACUUGAUUCAGGCUUGGACCAAUGAUGUCUUCUUGUCCAACUACCACCGUGUUGCGAAUCCUCCUCUUGGGGACCGUCAUGCUCGAAUCAGCAUUGUCUACUUCACUGGACCCACCCACGAUACGAUGGUAGAGCCCUUGCCAACGUGUGUCGGCCCAGACAGACCGGCAAGGUACUCUGCCAUUUCCGCAGGUGAGCACCUGAACAAGAAGUUGAAGGUGUCAAAUGUUUGA